AUGGUCAACUCUAGACUAGAGGCACAGCGACAAACAAUUCUCCAUUACUGGCUUAGCGGCGUCCAAUCCGCAAAGAGAUACAUCAAAAAAACUAACAUUCCUCUUCGUACUGUCACCUAUAACCUUAAAAAAAUUCAAGGGAAUGGACGUCCUUCGAAGGUUACACAAAGCGUCGCUCGCGCCAUUGGACAAUAC